AAAAUACUCUCACACAUAGAAAUAAGCGCGUUUGUUUAUUUUUUGUUGCUCCGCAACAUGUCGCUGGCGCCUCGUGAAAAUCGAUGAGAGACAUCUCUCCGUGCGGCUCGAAAGAAAACCAAAUAUGACGGGAGUAAUUGUUAAUUCCCUUUGUUACUGUCGCCGAUGUCGACGCAACGCGCGCGCCGCUAAAUUUUGCAAUCGUCCCGAGGGGGAUUUCACCGCGAGAUACUCGCGUUGCAUUUUCUAACGCACUCUUCGAUUACGUAGCAAGGUAUCGUCGCGUAACGUGCAUCGCGCUGCACAUCGCGUACACAAUUUAUCUAUCGACUGUCACGACAGCCGUAAGUGGAACGAUAGCAGCGGAUAAGGAGAGGAGAAUUUCUCUUUUCCUGCCCUCGCCCGCCUCCUGCUGCGAUACACGCGGUUUCAGCCGCUAAUUGAUUUGUACAUCGUGCGUGACGCAAUCGAGGGGCAUUCGGGGAAAUUACGCAUCGCUACAUUCGCGAAAGUUCUCUCCUAGGUCGAAACCCGGCUUUCGAAAUUGGCGACUUCCGGCGUGGAAUUCCGCCGCCAGUUUCCCCUCUUCUGGUAGCACUUCCGAACGGAACUCGCGAUUUACUUUACGAGAACACUCGAGAACCGUCGACGCAUCUCCGCGAGUGACCUUGCCGGGCAGCCGUCUCUUUGGUCAGCCGUCGUUGCCGAUGGCACGAGGAAGUCCCCGUCGCAUAGCACAUGUCGUAACGCGAAACUCAUUGCCGUCAGGUCGGCCAAAGCCGGGCUGGCCGGCGAAGGGGGGCAAUCACUUUCUCUCGCGCCGGCACCAGCGACGACGGCCUCUCUGCCGCCUCGAGGAACAUUCAGCAGCAAGUUUUUACCAAAGCAGCAAGCAGCCGAUCGGUCCGCGUCCCCAGCAAGUCCGCCGGGUGCGCCGAAAACGCGCGAUCCGUCGCGCAUAAUGCAGCUGCCACGGGUCGUCGUGCUCUUCGGCUGCUGCUUCCUGGCGUUGACGUUCGUGACGGCGGCGCCCAGCCCGGAGGAGCCGGUCUUCGAUAUUCCGGUGCAGCUGAUUGGCUUUCCGGUGAUUAUAGCGGCCGUAAGAAUCACCAACUUCAUCAAGAAGCUCGCGUACUCCUUGAAUCCAGAUACUUAUGCCAGUCGAACGAAACGGGCGCCUCCUUUGAUACACGACGAGGAGAUCUUAGACGUCGGUCGAAUCGAGAAGAGGAUGGUGGCCGAGCUCGGGAAUAAUGUCUGCGUCUACGAGAGGAUUUGUGCCAAGUACGCGGACCGAACCCUUCGGGGAAGGAGUCGGGAGCGCGUUCUCGAUUGGGACGAGGUGUUCAGCGAGUACAAGUCGUCGCCUGAUCCGAUGAAGGAGAAUUACUUGCUGAGCGUCUUUCUGGGAGACGCUAUUGGCAGUCCGAAGCUGUGUCACUUGCUGGCGAAGAGAAGAAGAGGUUGCGAUAACGCCAGAUUGUGAAAUGUUUCGACCCCACGGAUGUGAUUAUCCGCGAUCGCGACGUAAAUUGGAGUCCGAACAGAGGACGAGACGGUGCGUGUAUUUCGCGCGUUUCAUGCAGCUCGGUUAGGUUAGGUUACGUUAAUUUGCUAAUGCUAACGCGCUGAUUGUGCGGGAGACUACGUGUCUCUGAUCGUUGAAUUAUUCUCGUUGUUAUCAAUUGAUAAAUAUAUCUAUACCGAAUUGCGAUUUAUUUCAAUGAUCUUGAAGGAUCGACACAUGGAACGAUCAACUUUAAGGAUCAACAAAAUAAAGGGCUCGUGCAGGAAUUUCUAUAAAAUUUAAUUUGCAUUCCAGGAAAUUGUUUUGGUAUUUUUAGAGAUGCGUGUUUGGGCGUUUUAGAGAAAUCUUUCCCUCCUCCAUCGGUCAUCUCUCGUUUUUUCUCUAUCUUUCCUCCUUCCUCUCACGCAUCUGUCGAUUUCUCCGAUUCACUAUGCUCGUCCAUGACAUAAAUAAAACGGUUCACGCGCGUGUCUAGUGUGAUACACCAUUACAUGUGUGAUAUACCGUCCGCGUUUAUUCCGCGUUUUAUGCCACGAAAACAAAUCGUUUGACAUUUAGGGAGGCGUAUAAGCUCGAGUCCGCUUAUUUUUGAAGAGCUCUUGCGAAAACUGUGCCAUUUCGCGUAUGAUUCUUCGCCCAUACGUCCAUUCACACGUGCGUAGACACACACACACACACACACACACACACGCACACGCGUUCGAGCGUAGGCAUAGGCAGGAAAGUACACAAGGAGUGAGAGUCGCUCGCAAUGACGUCGCUUCCAACCCACGUCUUUCCGACCGAACGGAUAAACGAGGAUCAAGUCCGAGGAAAGUUUCAGUUGGCGCGGAACUGAGACAGGCGACGCGACCGUUUACGCUAAAAAACAACUCGCCCGGUCGAGCGCAAAAAUCACCGUACCGUAAGCAACUAAUCGAGCAAACUAAUUCAGCAUUAAGUUUAUUUUCGAGUGCCGCAUCGCGAACGUGCAUCCCCGAGGUGCGUUGAGACUGGUCGGCGAGGAGUCGUCCCAGGUAACGUAGUAUAUUUUCCAGCGGCGAUUUCGUGGAGCGAGCGCUGCGUUUAAUAUUAGACGUAUUUUAACAAACGACGCCAUCGGAUUGUUGUAUCCUCAUGAUUGCUCGAAAUAAAAGAUAUA